AUGAGACAAGCUCGUCGUAAAAGAAAUCCAAGAAAUGCUUUGGUAUAUUUUAAAGUUGAUAAAACAACUUCCAUAGUACCAAUAGCCAAGGUUGUUCCGACAUCCGACUUAUUAAAAAUCGGUCAAGAAGUAACGGUAAAUUGGACAACUCAGCAGCAGUUUACUGGGGUAAUUAAGUUUCUAUCAGAUUCAAAUGCCGAGCUGUUGCAGAAACAGAAAGAUCUAGUGUUGGGCGACGACAAGCCAUAUGAUUCUUCGGAGGCUGUAGACAUAACGUCAAGCACAUUCUGGCACUUGGAAGUUGACGUAAUGCCAAUUUACCUUACCUUAUUCUUCAGUAAAUUCACUGCCGAACACACUAAAUACUGGCCUGGGCCUCUCCAGAAACAGGAUUCGCUAGCUCUGCCUCCGGACUCGCCAGCUGUGUCAUCGGAAUCACCACCUCCAUCACCGGAACUGCCUCCGCAACAAGAACCGCUACCUUCAUCACCAGAAUUGCCACCGCCACCGGAAUCGCUACCUCCAUCACCGAACUCGCCACUGGACUCAUCAUCAUCAUCAACAGCGUCAUCAUCGCUACCUCACUCAUCCACACAGCUGCACCCGAAUGUGCAACACCAGCUGCCAACUCUUCAAACUCACCUUCCAAAUUCACACCCACUUGAUUGGUACCGCCCAACACUAAAUUCUGAGUUACUGGACAAUCCCUGGACAUCCAACAAUGCUCACAUUUAUCGUCCCUUUCCCAUAACCCCUACCUCGCCACCAUGGUUGUUUCGUCCACGAAUGCGAACACCAAAAGACAACAUUAUGCAGCUACCAAAGCCAAACGCACCAACCAACAAAUUCAGCACAUCAGAUCGCGUGUCGAUAGGUACGACAAACGAAAUAACCAUGACCGCCAAUGAAUACCAGGAGGUGUUUGAGGUUUCGUCUUCCGCCAUUUCCUUAACGCUUAAUUUAAUGACGAGUUUGCUAACUAUAGAGGAAAUGGCGGAGAGUAAUUUGAAUGGCGGUACCUUCUACUCCAAGGGUACGCCAAAGAUAUUUAAACAAUUGAACGAACAAAUCAUGAAUGCUAUUCGUGACCAAGUUAAUAAUGAAUUUCCACAUUUAGCAUUGAUAAGUGGUUCAGAGCCAAUAAUCCGUGGUGCCAUAAAUGCCAAAUGCAGACACCACCGCCUUAGACUUGGAAAGCAAUAA